AUGGCCGCAACAAAUAAGCCUCCUGCGAGCGAGAGCGAGCAGCGACCUGACAUAGGGAGGCUCCUUCUUGUGCCUGACUGUCUCUUCGCAGGCAACACGCCCGGUUCCAUUAAGGACUACCAGGUUAUUAUGCUAAAAAGGUCGGUGUUCGACCGCAACUACGUCCCACAGCUGUACCUCGCCACGGCUGUAGCAUCACAAGCGCUACAAGAGAAGCACCAUCCGGAACACGGUCCCGAGUGGCCCAGAAACGACAACAGCAGCAACAGUCCUGUUACGUAUGUACAGUCCACGCAUGCACACUCUGUGCUGGGUGAAAUGCAGAGCGCCGCCAUGCCGUCGGGCUACCUGUACAACUAG